AAGUGACUAGGCUAUAGAACCUUCUUGAGAAUCGAGAGGAACAGGCCUCAAGGGAGGAAUUUUGCGACGAGGUUCCAUCUUGCAAUGGCGAUGUUAACCAGGACCGCGCAGUUGUGCAUUCUGGGUAGGCUUCUGGAGGGCUUCCAAGUGGCUUCUCGGGGUCCCUGUAGAUCUGUUGCGUGCGGAAGAAGACCCUGUGCAUAAGAGCUUCGCGUUUCAUUGUGAGCUUGGAAGAUCGGAGAGGUGUUUGUUGUGAUUUGUGUGAAGAUUAUUACUUUUGUUGCAUUGGGCAAGCUUUAGAUUCGAAAACAAGGGCACCGGCCUUCUGAUUUGCGCAGCACCUUUUCUGUCAAACUGAAAAUUGCGUGGAAGACGGUGAUCCGAAUUUGAUCGCAUCAGUUGUGCGCUGCGGAGUAGGGGGUCAAGGAAAAUGGCACAGAAGAGCCCCUAUUUGAAGCAAAGAGAUGGCAAUGGGAGCGGCUUGAGAGUUGGAUACACCGUGGAUGACCAGGAGCACGAUAAACAGCCACUAGACCCUGGCCUUCCUCUCUUACAGCAUGCCGAUCUGGAAGACAAAAUUGUCCUCCUCCGUGUUGACCACAAUGUCGUCAAAAAAGGAAAAAUAUUGGAUCAGUAUCGUAUCGACGUGACAUUGGCCACUAUGUACAACAUCAUUGAACGCGGUGGCAGACUCAUCAUUAUGACUCACGUUGGGCGUCCAUACGACAAAAAAACAAAAACCCUGGUCGUCAAGCAAGAUGAUGCAGUGGAUGCAGUGGUGGGAUACUUGCAACGAAAGCUGCGCAUCAAGUUUGCGGUACCUAAGUUCCAUGUUUUUGAGAAAGAGGGGAUUCACGACGUUGAUACCUCUAUCAACUGGUUAAUUCAAGACUUGCGAGCUCGCAAAAUUGGUGGCAUCUACCUUCCAAAUACUCGUUGGUUUGCAGGAGAAGAAGAUAAAGGUGAAAAAAUGGAGCGCCUAGCAGUGCAGCUAGCUGCGUUAGCUGAUGUAUAUGUAAACGAUGCCUUCGGCUCAUGGCAACCACACACCUCUACUUAUCAUGUUGCGAAAUAUCUGCCCUCCUUCGCUGGCCUUUGUAUGCAGGACGAGCUGUCCAACGUAAGGGCGGUACUGGAACCAAAGAGACCGUUCCUUGCAAUAGUUGCUGGUGCAAAGUAUGAUACCAAAAUAGGUCCGCUGGCAGCGAUUUACAAGAGAGUGGACCAUCUCAUACUCGGUGGGCUCAUCUACAAUACAUUUUUGUGCGCCAAGUACGGUGUAAAGAUCAAGGGUGUGGAGGACUCCGACAUUGCAUUAGCAAAAGAUCUCGUGGAACAGGACAAAAAUGAGAGAAAAAUUCUGGAAUUGCCUUACUUAGUGGAAUCCGAUACGUUGGAGGGCCGCAUCGAAGGAAAGUUUCGAACAGUCCACACCAAGGACUUCAAGCCAGGACAGGAGUUCCAAUUUAUUUUGGAUGUAGACCCUGCAUCUUUCGAGGAUCCGGAAGUUCUAGAGGGGCUCGCCUCUGCAAAAACAAUAUUUGUUAACGCCGUUAUGGGCCUGAUGCCAACGUUUUGGCACGGAACUAGCAAAAUGGAUGAAACUAUUGACAACAAUCGCACUGCUCAAAAAUUCUUUGGUGGAGGUGACACUCUCCAGGAAUUUAAAAGUUUGCACCCAGGUUUGUACCAUGCUGCGCUGGACAGUCCCAAGUACUACAUGUUCACUGGAGGAGGUACCGUUCUUAAGGUGUUGGAGGAAGCCGAUCCCUUCGGCCUGCCCACUGUAAAAGCACUUUUAGCAAAUGGAGAGGCGUUUGGGUAUCAAAAUUGGCGUAACGCCUCUGCAAUGUAGCACUGGCUGCAAACUGGUUCAAGUUGAUGGGGUCAAAUUUUACUUUGAAGUGAAAGUACUUACAUUCUUGAGAGCAGCAUGACCUACAAGUAACCAAGAGAACUUAAGUGUAAGCGAGGCAAAUAGUUAAUGAAUUUUGUUGACCAGUAGCUACGAGUUCAUGUGAUCAGCAGAAGGGGGCGCUUUGGAUUUUACAGUCUGAGAAAAUACACGCACAUACGCAAUCACUUUGUUCAUCUGUUUUGUAAAGUUGCACUCUUCGUCCAAGUGCUCAGACCAUGAAAAGUCUAGCAUAACAGGAAAGUGGAUUGGUAUAACAGGAGCAUAGAGAGUACUGUAUUUUCUACCUUUCUACUUACUUAGUAAGAAGCCUUAACCAUUGUAAGCAUAUUUAGCAUCACUGCCAGAAUUUAGAGAUGCCGAUGAAUAGAGUUCAGCAUGCAGUCCGACCCACUGUUUUUGGACCCUUGGAAUAAACUCUUCAUAAUCUAAAAUAAAAA